CCCACGCUAGCAUGCUUGUUAUUAAUUACUCCAAAUUUGUUAGGAACGGGUGAGCAUACCAUAAUAAUUCAUAUACGCUCCAUCAAAGUUAGUCUUUUGAUAUCUGGGAGAGCGAGAAGCCUUUCCAGACCACAGAUAUGGAUAUUUCCCUAAGAAUAGUUAUCCCAACCUUACUGUUGUUUGUGCUUUUCAUCGUAGACCUUGGAGAAGGCCACAAAUGGUGUCCCGAAGUUCGGUGUGGAGACCAUGGCCCAGACGUCCGAUUUCCUUUCCAACUCAUCAAAGACAGGCAGCCAGACCACCACGGUGGCUUUGAUCUCUACUGCAAUGAUAAAGAUGAUACGGUGCUUGAGCUGUCAACUUCAGUAAAAGCCUUUGUUAAAAAAAUUGAUUACAAAUCUCAGUCAAUUGAAGUAACUGACUCAGAUGGCUGCUUUCCACGGAAAAUCCGGGGACUCAAACUCAAUUUAUCUUCUUCGUCUUUCCAAUUCAAAAAUGAUCUUUCUGACUAUGCCCUUUUCAAAUGUACGCCAGAUACAGAAUCUUCUUCUUAUCUGAUUCCUUGUCUUAGUAGCUUUUCAACCUCAGUUUAUGCUUUUCCUUCGGAGAGAGACAUCGACGACUUGUCCAUAUUAUCAUGUACAAAGAUGUAUAGCGUUUCAUCAGUUCCAUUUUAUAUAUGGCGUUCUCAUUCUCUUCAAUUGACUUGGUCCGGAUCGGAGUGCGGACGCGGUGAAGUGAAAGGCAAUAACUGUAGAUUCGAGGAAAAUAGCACUGAUGUCAGAACUGAGUGCAAAGACAAAGGUACGUAUUGUAUUAUUUCUACCCAAUUUCCACUUCUAUUAUCACACAAGUUCUUCACGUUUCAAGCCAACAUGUAUUUGAUUUUAUCAACCUCAGUUUAUAAAUGCUCUGCGACGGUAAUUUCCUGUAACCAGUCAUGGGGUGCUAAGUUGUGUCUCAAUUGUUAUGAAUCAGCCCCCAGGUCACCAGUCACGUUCCACCACGUCGCUGGUGGCUUCAAGGAACCCACCCCAUCACAGCUGGUCAUCCAUUCUUCUUCCUUCUUCUUCGUUUUGUAUCGUACUCUGUUUCUUCCUUUUAUUUUCUGUGUUAUCUGCCCGUUUGAACUUCACUGCUUUGUUAGUUAAUUUGUUUUGUGUCAU